AAAAAGAAGAAGAGGAGGAACACGUGGGAUUCUUGUGUCCAAGAUGGCGGCGUGCAGUAUUGAAGACGUGCUGGCUAAAGCCGAAAAAGACGAAGCAGAAAGGCUGAAAAGUAUCACGGUACAAAAAGAAUUAGACCUUGAUUUUGAUAUAGGAAACUUGUUGGCGUUUGAUAAGAACGCGAUAAACACUCGGGGGUUCAAACAGCAGAAUAAGGACGAGUUUCUCCGCUCACUGGCCCGGGACAACACUCAGCUUCUCAUCAAUGAAAUCUGGAAACAUCCAAGUGAGAAAGUAGAGGAGGUUGUCGUGGUCAAUCUGCCGGAUCCAAUCACCCGGUUACCCCGAGAGAAACCCGCGCCCAAGCCGAGACCCCCGACCAAAUGGGAGCAGUUCGCGAAACUGAAAGGCAUCCAGAAGAAGAAGAAGACGAACCUGGUGUGGGAUGAAGUGCACAAGGAGUGGAAAAGGCGCUGGGGUUACAAACGAGUCAAAGAUGACACGAAGGAGUGGCUCAUAGAGGUGCCUGAAAACGCUGAUCCAAAUGAGGACCACUUCGCCAAAAAGAACCAGGCCAAGAAGGAGCGAGUGGCCAAGAACGAGUUCAACCGCCUGAAGAACAUUGCCAGGUCGCAGAAACUGAAAGUGCCCGGUAUUGGACUCGCUCCAACCGGCCACCAGUCCAAAGCAGAGCUGGCUAAAGCAGUAAGUGUGGCCAAGAGCUCCACAGCUUCAGUGGGAAAGUUCCAGGAGCGACUUCCUAAAGAGAAACCGCAGAGAAACACAGGAAAGAAGCGACAGUUCCAACCUCUGAUCGGUGACUUCGCUGGAGAGAAGCAGAAGCACCUGGAGAUGCUCAAAGUGAUGGACAGCAAGAGACCUCGUCUAGACAUCACCAAAGCGGUGAAUAAGCAGAUGAGGGAGGAAGACGGUGAAGCUUCAGAAAGGAGAAGAGGGAAGAAAGGACGGAGAGGGAACGUGCCUGGAAAAGGGAGGCGAAAUGCUCCAAGUGGGAAAGGAAAAGGAAAAGGCAAGGGGGGACCUUCCAAAGGCAAAGGGCGAAAACCUGCAAUGAAGCAGGGCAAAAGAUAAAUAAUGGACUUUUUAAAGCUUUAGUGAAAUCUGUGACAUUGUAUUUGAAACCGGAAAACUUCCCACACUGAAAUAAAGUACAUUUCCUUGUCCCUGAAGUGCCGUCAUCAAGCAUGCAUCUUAGGGAGCUUUGAUUUGGUUGAUUUUACUGGGAAAAGGUGCAUGCAGCAGAAAGGUCCAUGCAGAAUACCUGUAAUUAGUGCAAAGGUAUAUUAUUAGUGAAAGAUGAAAAUACUCCAGAGACGAGGAACAGUAACAUUUAAUGGCAUUGUUUUUGAAAAAUGUACACACUGAUAUGAUAAAUAUUGCAAUAACAUUUCUAGGAAUUUUGUAACGAUUAUUUUUUUCAUGUUUUGUGAAUGUAAUAAUCUUAUGAACCUGUUUGUCAGCAAGUCAUAGCAUUCUGAAAUAUUAUAAUGUAUAUCAAGAAUCUAAUGAUAUAAAUAUUUUAGAUCUGGUCUAAUUGAAAGAUGCAGCAGAAUAAAAAAAUCUCGGACUGGAGAUAGUAAAAAUAUUUUGUCCUGCAGAAUGCAGUCCAUUGAGUUAUUUCAAUAUUUCACUGUCCAGACUGUUAUCAUCUGUAUAUUUAAACUCGAUGCAGGAACUGUGCAUUCUUGCCCUAAAUACUGAGUUUAUCCAUUUUGGUACUUGGGUAUUGGAUGUGCAUUUAUUACCUGGAAGUGCCUUUUGGGGGUUUUUUUGUAGGUAUUUGCUGUUUUGGCACAAAUAGCUAUGUGAAGGUGCUAUCAGAAUACUUUGUAUGUAUUACAAUAUUUGCUUACAUUUAAAAAAGGUCCAUUUUUACUUUUAAAGUUUUAUAGUUUUAGCAUCAUAUCAACCGGCCCGGUUUUUUAAAAUGAAAAUCUAAAAUCGGAAAAGAUCAGAAUGUAUUCACAUAAAAAAAAAAAAAAGAAAAUACCAAAAUGUGUAUAUAUGAAACUUUUCUCUGUGUCAUGAUUGUACUCAAUCAGUAUCUCUGAUUCUGUCAGCUUUGUGAACAAUGAUUUGCUUUUCAUAAAGGUGUUUAAAUAAAAAAAACAUUAUCAACUCUGA